UUUUUAGUUAACCCCCUUUAAAAAUUCAAUCAAAAUUUCAGAGAUACUAAAAAAACUUACACCUUUACAAAACAUGCCUUACACGUCUUUGCCUUUGGUUGUUCUUCUUAUACCAUUUCUUUGGAGCCUUUCUUUUGCAAUCGAUAAAGAUGAUUUUAGCCCAAAAUCUGGCAGCAAGGUUUGCGUCGGCAAAAUCUGCGAUGACAGCUCUGUCUUUCACUACUAUGAUUGCUGUGGUCAACUCUUGACUGACUGCUGCUUCAAGCUUCAGACAUGGGUUAUCAUAGUGAUUGCCAUUGUACUGAUAUGUACACUUGUUUCGAUCGUUCUGAGUUUAAUCAGGUAA